AUGGGGGAACUCCGCGUCUUCGCGGUCGCCGCUGGCUUCGAGGGCACCGCGGCCGACUGGGUCGCCGAGUACAACCGGCUCUGUCACGAUGCGCAAGCCGACCCCGCGUUCGGCCUGCCUCUCGCGCUAUUCGCCGACCUGGUCGACGACAGGACGGAGCGCGGCUGCUACUGCACGGAUGAGGAGCUGCGGCUCAUGCUCCCGACGGGCUUGCCGCGUCGAGUAGCGACGGCGUCACAGGCCUCCACGCCUCCUGCCGCGGAGGGCCGGCGCGCGGAGCUGGCGGCCAGGCUCUUCGGCGCGCUGGACGCGGGCGGGCGCGGCCUGCUGGACGAGGAGGCGCUGCUGCGGUUCGCCAGCCGCACGGGCUUCCACGGAAGAACGCGGGAGGAGUGGUCUGAGGAGUACCGCCUGAUCUGCCAGGAGAGGGGCGCGGACCCCAUGGCCGGCGUCGACCUGCAGACGUUCCAGGCCAUUAUUCGGGGAUUCCAGUGA